AUGCUCCUCACGGCUCUUCACUGGCUGAUUCUGGUUUCAUUUAUCCUCCUAACCAUCGGCGGGAACGUGCUGGUUUGCCUUGCCGUGGGCCUCAGCCGCCGACUGUGGCGCAUCGCUAACUGCUUUGUGGUGUCACUGGCGGUGACGGAUCUCCUGCUGGGCCUGCUGGUGCUGCCCUUUUCCGCCACUCUGGAGUUACGGAGUUGGAAGUGGCCCCUUGGGGGCACCAUGUGCAACAUCUACAUCUCCUUGGAUGUCAUGCUGUGCGCCGCCUCCAUCCUCAGCCUGUUAGCCAUCAGUGUGGAUCGAUACUUCGCCAUCUCAGCACCCCUCAGUUACUCAUCAAGAAUCACUCCACCGAGGGUGACCUUAGCCAUCGUCGCAAUCUGGGGCAUGUCGUUGGCUGUGUCUUUCGUGCCCAUCCACCUGGGCUGGAACACAGUGGACUACAGAGUGCAGCACUUAGACUGGCACAUGGGACAAGAGCACAAGGAGGGACGCUACUGCCAGUUCGAAUGGAAUAAUAACUAUAUCAUUUUGUACGUCUUGUGCUCUUUUUACCUUCCUCUGCUGAUUAUGUGUGGGAUGUACAUAUGCAUAUUCAGAGUGGCGCGCCAACAGGUGCAACGAAUCCGUGCCGCCACGCCAUCUUUUGCCCGUCUGGCAUCAUCUGCGGCCAUAGCCAAAGAGCACAAAGCUACCAUAACCUUGGCCGCUGUGCUGGGGGCCUUUAUCAUCUGUUGGUUCCCCUACUUCACCUUCUUCACUCGAACGGGAAUCAAAGAACAGAUGAACCCCCCGACUACACUUCACUCAGUACUCCUGUGGCUAGGCUAUUUCAAUUCUGUUCUGAAUCCUAUCCUCUAUCCCGCCUUUAACAGAGACUUUAGAAAGGCCUAUGCAGCACUUCUUUUCUGUAGAGGAUCGUCACGCAGAAAACUGCAAGUGCAUAAAAGAUCAACCCUCUGUAAUGGACAAAGACAUUCCCAAAUGUCUAAUAUCACAGUUAAAGAAACCGAGAUGAACCACUUAAAUAUACAUAACAAAAACGGUGUCCCUAAUGAGUCUCUCCUUCACUGUGCACAGUUCCAAAUUUGCUAA